CCAAAAUGCAUUGAAAACGACCGAUUAGUAAUAAAUGCAUAUCUUUUGGGAUAUUAUUAUUUUGCCCCCUUUUCCCGCUUUCAACCCAACCAAUAGUGUGAUACAGAACCCUCUCACUUCCUGGCGCUGAUUGCAGGUAUGAUUAUAAAGCCCAGAAACAGUCGAUCAGGAGUGUUCAAGCAUCUUGUCUCUUGAGCUCUACUUGCUUGAUCACAAAUAUGUCUCGUCUGCUGUUAUCUUCCGCCGUUCGCCGGCUAUCUCGACCCCAUCCGGCCUAUGCAACAGUCUCAACAAUUUCGUCCUCCGUCCCAAGUUUGUCCUUCUCCGCAUCAUUUUCCCAUUCCUCACAUCGACUACAAAUAUCGCCUUCCUCAGUGCCGGGAAAUAGCCCUCGAGUCAGAGACACCCCGUCUAGACGUUCACGGAUUCAUCUUGGGACAAGACAACAAUGCGCAACGUUCUCCUCUUCCACCCUUCGACCUGCCGUACAGGUGACACAGAAUCCGAGGGUAGACGAUGAAGGGAAUCCGCUGAUGAUAAGCAUCUCCGAACGGGCUGCAGAAGUACGUUCUACACCUUUUCAUAUAUUCAUACAUUUGUUCUUGGACUUUUGAUGAUCCCGGAUCAUUGGGAUGAAUGGCGCUGGGACAUACAACAACAGUCGGGUGUGGCAAUGGUAUCGGCAAUGAUGCUAUCCCGAUGGUAUAUGGUUGUUUCUACGCCAUAUAAGUCCUAAAAAGGCUUAAAUGAGCACAUACGACCAUAGGGUGUGGAAAACAGGG